AGGUGGGACUUUCUGUGACCGUCUGUAGCUUCAACAAUACACCCGGAAAUAGCUCGGUGCGCAGCAAAAUACAAACGUUAAACUCUCUCAGUCAUACGAACACGCCGCCAACACCAAUCUAUCAGAGCGAGAUUUACAGUUUGGAGUCGGAAGUCGUAAAUUGACUACAUUCUAUUAAUUGGUGUCGGAGCGGAUAUCAGCAACAGCCUGCUUAGCAGAACUAUAAGUAAGAUUGAGGGACAAGCUUUCAGCAUGACAGAUUAAGCUCAACCUUUACCGCUCGUGUGUGGCGUUCACUGGGAAGCUGCAGUCUCCACAAAGGUGACUUUUACGACUUGCGUCUUGGUUACACAGGUUGCAUCAUGGCAAUGUGGAUUCAGGCCCAGCAGCUUCAGGGCGACGCGUUGCAUCAGAUGCAGGCGCUGUACGGCCAGCAUUUCCCCAUCGAGGUGCGACACUACCUGGCCCAGUGGAUUGAAAGCCAGCCUUGGGACUCUGUGGAUUUGGAUAAUCCAGGAGAAGAGGCUAAAGCCAAGCGUCUGCUUGACAACCUGGUGGCGGAGCUACAGAAAAAAGCCCAGGUUCAGGGAGGAGAGGAUGGCUUUCUUCUCAAGAUCAAGCUGGGACAUUUAGCCAGCCAGUUCAAGAGCACUUAUGACCGCUGUCCUUUUGAAUUAGUGCGCUGCAUUAAGCACAUCCUGCAGUCAGAGCAGAGACUAGUUCAAGAAGCAACAAAUGCGAGCUCUGGGGGUGGUGGGCAGGCCAUGGACACACUGUCCCAGCGACAUCAACAGAUCAACCAAGCUUUUGAAGAGUUGCGCCUAGCAACACAGGAGACGGAGAACGAGCUGAGGAAGCUGCAGCACAGCCAGGAAUACUUCAUCAUCCAGUACCAGGAAAACCUGCGCAUCCAGGCCCAGCUGAGCAGCUUGUCUUCAGUGCCCCCAGCAGAGCGAACACAGCGGGAAGCCGCCCUGCAGAGCAAGAGGGCCACUGUGGAGGCCUGGCUCGCCAGAGAGGCCAGCACACUACAGAAAUACAGGCUUGACCUGGCAGAUCAGCACCAGAAGACUCUGGGUUUACUGAGGAAACAGCAGACUCUUAUCCUGGACGAGGAACUCAUUCAGUGGAAGAGGAGACAGCAGCUGGCUGGCAACGGGGGCCCUCAUGAGGGGGGGCUGGACGUUCUGCAGUCCUGGUGCGAGAAGCUGGCAGACCUGAUUUGGCAGAACCGACAGCAGAUUCGGCGCUGUGAGCAUCUUACCCAGCAGCUCCCUUUGCCUGGUUCGAUAGAAGAGCUGCUCACCAAACUCAACGCUGACAUUACUGACAUCAUCUCUGCCCUGGUCACAAGCACCUUCAUCAUAGAAAAGCAGCCGCCCCAGGUGUUAAAGACCCAGACAAAGUUCGCAGCUACUGUCCGUCUUCUUGUGGGGGGGAAGCUCAAUGUCCACAUGAACCCACCGCAGGUCAAGGCUGUCAUUGUUAGCGAGCAGCAAGCCAAAGCUUUGCUGAAGAAUGAAAGCACACACAGUGAAAGCAGUGGAGAAAUCCUUAACAACAACUGUGUAAUGGAGUACCACCAGGCCACAGGCACUCUAAGUGCACACUUCCGGAACAUGGUAAACUGUUUUACUGCACUCAGUAAAUUGUUUGCUUAGAAACAAUAUCAAUCA